AUUAUAUUGACACAUCAGCAACCUGUAAGCGGCCAACGCAACUGCCACACACUCAGGUCCGGGUGCCAACGACUACGGCCGCUUUCCCCGAUGUACUCCACAGUCACUCUUAACCGCUGACAGUCGUACUUUUAGUCUCUUCCGUCUGAGCCGUUUUCGUCAAUUGUCACGUCUUGUCUAAGUACGUGACUAAACAUCGAUAUUUGUGCAGCUGCUGAGGAACCGCACCGUUUGGAAAAUGGCCCCAAUCAAAGGCAGAAAAGCUGCCGCCAACAAGAAUCUGCCCAUACUUAGUCACGAGUUCGUCAUCCAAAACCAUGCCGACAUCAUGUCCUGCGUGGCCAUGGUUAUAGUGAUCGGUCUCAUGGUCCAUAUAACUGCACCAGUGUCGUCGUUGUUUGUAGCCCUGCAAUAUGUUCAGUCCUCUGGAGAAAACCCUAACGCCUUGCAAACAUAUGGUACCGGUCUAAAGGAUUUGUUUGCUAUAUUUUUCUAUUUCCUCAUUUGCAUCAUAUUCCAUGCCAUCAUUCAAGAAUAUGUUUUGGAUAAAAUUUGCCGUAAAUUACAUUUAUCAAAAUCGAAGAAUUCACAAUUCAAUGAAUCUGGACAACUGAUUGUAUUUAAUGCAAUUUCAAUGAUUUGGGCAUUAGACAUUGUUGUGAAAGGAAAUUGGUUGGCUGAUCUUUCAUCAAUAUGGAUUGGAUAUCCAUACAACACUCUAUCAUUCUCAACAAAAUUCUUUUACAUAAUCCAAUUUGCUUACUGGGCACAUAUUAUGCCAGAACUGUACUUCCAAAAAGUUAAAAAAGAAGAUAUGUUUAGCAGAGUGAAAUAUUCUGUAUUGUACUUAACAUUUGUAUCGGCCAUAUAUAUAACUAACUUCCACCGUAUUGGUGUUGUAUUACUAUUGUUACAUUAUAUUUGUGGAUUUAUUAAACAUGCCGUUAAAUUGAUUGACAUCACUGAGAAAGAAGAAGAUAGUAAAAAAGUUCAAUUGGCCCAAAAUGUGUACAACUGGUUUUUCUAUGCUGUACAAGCGCUAACAUUUAUCCUAUCCCAGACAAUGUUAUGGUUUGGUCUUAAAAACGUACAGUACAGUGAAGAAUUGCGUGACUUCAAUACUCCCACGUUUAAAUUAAUAUUUUCAAUCGGUGCAUUAGCUACACAAGCUUGGAUGGUUUAUGAAUUCUUAAACAACCAGAAUUCUAAUGGUUUCAAUUUAUCUGCUUCAUUUGGAUUAAUCAAACAAAAAACAAAAUCAACACGUACUGAUGUUUCCAACAAAAAACGCAAGAAUGCAGCUACCCGGAAGUUUAAUGAAUUGACAGAAGCUGAUCAGAACAUUAAAAAAACAUUAAAACAUGAAGCAAAAAAAGCAGCUAAGAUCGCAAAGAGUGUUAAAUAAUUUUUGAUCAAUGUGUUGCUUGUUAACUUAGGUGCAAUAUUUUGUUUAUCUUACUUUGCAGUUUGCAUUAUGAUGGAAAUAUGUAUAAGACAUUUACAUACAUGCAAUGAUAAUUAUAUAAUGUUUUCUUCCUAUACAUAUUAUAGAUAUGUACAAUUUAUUUUUAUUUAAAAUUGUAUUGCAAAUUAUUAUGAUAAUUACUAAUUUUAAUGUUUAUUUUUAUGUUAUGUAUAAUAUAUUAUAAGCUUUUUAAUCUUUAGUCCUUGUAAAUUAUUAUAUUUUGUUCUGUGUUUAAUAUUUAUAAUCAGUAUUUAAUACUGUAAUUGUUAUUUUGUUCAACCAUACAAACCAAUUUAAAUACUCCAUUUAAUUAAAUUUUUUUUAUAUUAAGAAAAUUGUAUAUAUUUUAUAAUUAAGUGACAUCAACUUAUUAAAUAAUAUUGAAAUAA